AGCAGCUCCUGUCUUCUCUGGCUCUCUCUCGCUCCUCUGCUCCUCACAGCGAUGACCGCUGAGUCACAUUUCUGUGCUGGAGACUAAAGAUUGAGAGGCUGUUUUGUUUUUUUCCCCACCCACAGUGAACAUGAAUGAGAUCAAGAUCGCAGUGCUGGGCAGUGAAGGUGUGGGGAAGUCAGCUCUCAUCGUCCGCUUCCUCACCAGGCGCUUCAUUGGCGAGUAUGCCUCCUUCUCAGAGUGUGUGUACAGAAAGUGUGUGUCUGUGGACGGGAGGCAGGUGAACCUGGAGCUCUAUGACCCCUGCUCUCAGGCGUGCGAGGGUAACUCUGCGUUACACAACCAGAUCCACUGGGCUGAUGGUUUCAUUCUCGUCUAUGACAUCAGUGACCGAGCCUCCUUCCUCACUGCCAGAGCCAACGUGCACCUCAUCAGAGAGCUUCACCUGGGAUCUGCUAAAAGGGACGUGGACUCACUUAUAUUUUUGGUGGGCAACAAACAGGACCUGUGCCACAUGAGGGAGGUGCAGCGUGAAGAGGGUCAGCAUCUGGCUGCAGAGUUCCAAUGCCAGUUCUAUGAGCUGUCAGUUGCUGAGCACUACCAGGAGGUAGCGCUCAUAUUCUCCAAGAUGGUGCAAAAGGCCAGCCUGGGCAGCAAAUCCAAGGAGCGCCGGAGGCGCCCGAGUGGCUCGAAGUCCAUGGUCAAACUCAUCAACAACGUGUUUGGCAAGAGGAGGAAGUCAGUGUGAACAGCUGUGGGUCAAAGCUUGGCCCGAUCACGUUUCAUCAUUGAUCAUUGUUUGUGUUGCUAUUGAUUAGCACUCAACAUACAGUGUGUAUGUACAUAUGUGUUGUAGGGAUGUAACAAUCCUCCAAAUCCUCCAUGGUUCUGCUGAGAAAGAGUGUUUUCACGUUUAACAUUAAAUGUUUCAUCAUGAUUGGACCAAAACAGUCACAUGACAUACUGAAGAGCUUGCCCACAAACUCUCUAUAUAAAUAAUACUGUAGAUGUAGCCUUUAGGUCCAGAAAGUGAAGCCAAUGGGGAAAUGCCUAAAACCUUAGAGGUCAGUAGAGAUCCCUGUUGCGUACAAGUUGUCGUCAAAGAUUUUGUCUUUUUUUUCUAUCCAAUUCAAUCCUAUAUCAUAAUAAUACAAUGUACUUUACAUCAUAAGACAGAUACACUAUUAUAGAAAGAAGAGUAAAAAAACACUCUCAGAGGGUAGAAAUAAAACCCUUUGGAAGAACCAGACUCAAAGAGAGACGAGAGAGAACAGAACCAUAAUGCAGUCAGAGAUGGUCAUCACAUUUAAUUGUUGUCAUCUUUGACGACUAGCUAGCAUGACUUGUAGCAAAAAGUAUAUUGAUAUCAUUUUUGUUUGAUUGAUUGAAAUUAAUUGAACAAUAAUGAUGAUGACAAUACUACUACUUCAACUAAUAAAAGCCUUGUAACUGGAUCUGGUUCCUGCAGUCCUGGAGCCACAGGUACCUGCAAAAUGAACACUUACUAUCAAGGGGGUUCCCCCAGAAGGCAUAUAGCAGCAUAACUAAGGGAUAGUCCAGGUUCCCCUGAGCUAGCCCCAACUACGUAUAGGCUUUAUCAAAAAGGAAGGUUUUAAGUCAAACUUUCAAUAUAGAGAGGGAGCUGGUUCCACAGGGGAGGAGCCUCAUGACUGAAGGCUUUACCUCACAUUCUACUUUCACAGACACUGGGAACCACAAAUAAGAUGUAGUGAAAAGUAUAUAUUUUCUAGUUUUUAAUUGCCGACAGAUCUUGGUAAGGCUGGAUUCAUGCUGUCCAUGUCCACAAGUAUGUCAUCAUUCGUAAAUGUAGGGGUGCUUGACAUUUGACUCUGCCCGGUCCAGUCCAAUUGCAGUGUGCACUUGUUUUUGUCAAAGAGGAGAAAAAGAAGAAUUUGAUGUACUAUUGCUUGUGUUGAUGUGCACAGUUUCGUCGGUAUGUAGAAACACUGAUUCCUUUCUAAUCACUGCAAUUUCUCGUGAUUUUCUGGCAAAAAAUUGUCGGUAUUGGAAGGAUAUGUGAGGAUGCAAGCACAACAGCCUUGUUUAGUGCCAUUGAAUCAAACCCUAGUACACUUACCCCUUAGUAUGGUUCAUUUGGGUUGGUGUGAAAGUAGUCCGAGACCUCUGUUGCAGACCAAACAACUGUACAUUGGUCCUCUUGAAAAUCCGCAAUUGAGGAGAAGGAAGAACCAAGAAGAGAGCUGGUGAUACAGUGAAAUGAGAACACCACUUCCAUCCUCCGUGCCUGGCAGGUCCCAACUCUUCCUUCUACGCAGGUAAAGUAGCACACAUUGUCACCCUGAACCAGCACAAAGUCAUCAACUCGCCGCUGUUUCUCGGCUGUGGGUUAUAGGAUGUGGGCAACACCUGUGGCUCUGGACCCUCCUGCCCGUGACUGAGAAAUAGUGGUGGGUUGGACAACGCUAGCUCACCAAAUGUGCGAUCUUACCUGCAGAGGAGGAGGAACAGUUGGAGCCUCACAGACCCGGCAGAAAUCCCCUGACUCAGUUCCAAUUAUUGGGGGUUUUCCUCCAGGUUCUCCCAGAUCCUCACAGGGUAAUGUGGACAAGAACAGCAAAGCUGUAACUGCUCCACAUCCACCACACCAGCCAGGUGCCAGUCUUCAGAGCACUGAUCAUCACCGGAGCAGAUGAACAUUAACUCUCUGACCAGUAACUGAGCGGUAUGACUUCAGUUGAGAUUAGCCUUGAUCUAAACCAACAGAAGAAUUAAACAAAGUAUCAAAUUUCAUUUAUGUAACAUUUAUGUUUAUAUACUGUAUCUUAAUGAGUAGUAAACAUAUGUUGCUCUGUACAUCAGCAAACUAGCCAUUAAAAUGCUGUAUUUGUGUACAUGUAAGACGUGUUUAAGAUUUUGGUGGCAUCGUGUAUUAGGUACAAGUGCAAAUAAAAACGAACCCUUUA